AUGGCAUCGAACUCGGAAACAAACAGCGAAGACACUUCGCAAUCCGGCGAAGCGGAAGAAGUUAUGGAAGUUGUGGACCCAGAUAACAGCGACAUCGAAGAAUCAGAUGGGGAGGGUGGUGAUAAGAGGGUUUAUCUACCCGGAGAUCCGCUCGACGAAGGAGAGAUGUUAGUCCGUGAUGAAACCGCAUACCACAUGUAUCAUCAAGCGCAGACAGGUGCACCAUGCCUCAGUUUUGAUGUUCUUAGAGACAGUCUCGGGGAGAACCGUACAACUUAUCCUCACACACUUUUUGCCGUUGCUGGCACCCAGGCUGAGAAAGCCCACCUGAACAAUGUCAUUGUCAUGAAGAUGACAAAUCUGCAUCGUACCAGCCAGAAAGACGAUGAUGAUGACAGUGAUGAGGACAGUGACAGCGAUGACGAGGAUAGCAAACCAGAACUGGAGACAGCGAUGAUGAAACAUCUCGGCUCUGUAAACAGAAUAAGGAGCACAGAAAUUGGGCAGAAGCAAGUGGCAGCCACUUGGUCAGACACUGGCGCGGUCCACCUGUGGGACUUAAGCGGCGCCCUCCAGGCUGUAGGUAACGCCCAGCUCAUGGGACGAUUCAUGAGACAGGAAUCCCACAAGCCUUUGUUCACGUUCACAGGUCAUCAGAUUGAAGGAUUUGCCAUGGACUGGUGUCCUACUAUACCAGGAAAUCUGAUUACUGGAGAUUGUCGGAGAAAUAUCCAUUUGUGGAAGUUACAAGAAGGAGGGGAGUGGUAUGUAGACCAGCGACCUUAUGCAGCUCACACGGAGUCAGUGGAGGAUUUACAAUGGUCACCAACUGAGAAAAAUGUUUUUGCAUCGUGUUCUGUCGACAAAAGCAUCAGAAUUUGGGAUGUUCGGGCGACGCCAAGCAAAGCAUGCAUGAUAAUGAUGGAAGAAGCACACAGUAGUGACGUAAAUGUCAUCCACUGGAACCAGAAAGAUCCUUUCAUCCUGUCUGGAGGUGAUGAUGGUGUCUUGAAUGUCUGGGACUUGAGACAAUUCCAGAAAAAGGGUCCCCCUGUCGCCAAGUUCAAGCACCACACUGGGCCCAUCACGUCAGUGGAGUGGAACCCCGUGGACAGCACAGUCUUCGCAUCAGCAGGCUCUGAUGACCAGGUAACCCUCUGGGACCUAUCGCUGGAACGAGAACGUGAGACAGUGAUGGAAGGCCAGACUGGGGGGUCCAGGCUUGAUGACAUAGCCCCACAGUUGCUGUUUGUGCACCAGGGGCAGAGCGACAUCAAAGAAAUUCAUUGGCACCCACAGAUAUCUGGUGUCAUUAUCAGCACGGCUCACAGCGGGUUCAAUAUAUUCAAGACUAUCAGUGUUUAA